CGACACGAUGGCGUUCACACCGAGAAGGUGUAGAAUGUUUGCAGUGGUCACUGUCGUGGCGUUUAUCUAUGAGGUGAUGGCGCAGGAGGCAGCAGGGUCAUCAUCGUCAGGGUCUUUUACAUCAUCGUCAGGCUCAGAAGUUGGUAUUGUUCCUGCCACAACGAUAGCUCAAGAGCUGGCUCAGGAGUGGUUUACAGCCAACUUUUGCGAUAACGAGACACAGUUGGCGGUUGGCGUGGACUCCUACUUGAAAAAUCUGUCCAGCAGUGAUAUUAUCUGCAACGGCGUACCGUCACUUCAGCGACGUACGGACGAUCAGCUACCAAACUUCGGUUGUCCCGACGUUUUUACGGCGAAAGAUGCAUCAUGCACGUGUAUGGAUGCUGGGUAUAACGACUCGGAAACGUGGGAAUUUCACGUCGUUAAGCGAAGUAAUGACAGCGAAUAUCCGACUGCGCUUUCUUCUGCGGAUAUUCUCCCAAUCGACACUAUUAGGACGAUGCUGGUCCCAUCGACGCUCAAGACACUGCGUAUUAUCGGAGGCGGAAACGUGCCUCAAGACAUUCAAUUCUCACCGGAAGAUCGACGCAUUCCUGGGACUACAUUACCUAUUGCUACCAGUCCUAACAGCACAAUCUCCAUCUCCACAGUGGAAAUCAUCAACAUCAACAUGUUCUCGAUCACUCUCUCGGCGUCCUCGUUCCUGCCGCCCACUACAACCAAUCUCGCGCUUCGAAACUGCAACUUAUUCGGCUUUGGCUUCCACUUUUUCGAUGGAGUGACCAACCUGCAGCACUUGGAUUUGUCUUCAAACUCUCUGACGGUACCUUACGCUGGCUCGACUACUCAGAGCUCUUGUUCGAACCAGUUGUGCGCUAUUGAGACACUUAACCUCACCAACAACAGUCUGACAACAUUUCCAGCAGUAGUUCUCAACAUCGGCAAUCUUCAGGAACUAUAUAUCGCUCACAACGAUAUCACGGACUUCAACGUCACCAACGCCACAUUCAAUGCCAUCAAGAGUCUGAAAGCUUUCGAAUCUGAUCUGCCCGAUACGUCCGCGAUAUGUCCUGGUGGCACAUGGCAGACAGCACACAGCUCUAAGUUCUGCGUAGCCAACAGCACCAUCGCAACUUCAGAGUCGAGUUCAGGCACCUGCACCCAAUGCAUCACGUAUGUGGGGAUCAUCGGUGGCUGCAUAAUUGUGGCUCUUAUCGUCUUGGUACUGUGGCAACGAUCCCGUACACGUCGUCGUGCCUUAUCUGCGUCUUUAGUGUCUUCACCUUCAAGCUACUACCUCGCCAGAAGUGGGAAUGAGACUGUAAAUAUCCAGAUAUCCGACAAAAGCGCCACUGAAGCGCUACUAGAAGACCCGGUUAUCAUCACCAAUCGUAUCAACUACAAGGAGAUCAAGCUGGGCAAAUGUCUUAGCAGAGGUGGCUUCGGUUUGGUGUUCGUGGGCGAGUACAAAGGCCGUCAAGUUGCAGUAAAGAAGAUCCGUCCUGACCGCAGUCAGGACCCGAAAGAUGUCCAGGCGUUCCUCAAGGAGAUUAUCCUCAUGACUGAGCUUCACCACCCACGCAUCGUUGAGUUUAUCGGUGUGGCUUGGGAUAAUCUAAAGCACAUUUCAGCGGUGACUGAGUUCAUGGAGAGUGGAGACUUGAGGCACGUGCUGCGUAGCUUCAAACGUCAAGGUACUCCGUUGUCCUGGAGGGACCACAAGACCACGAUAUCACUGCACAUAGCUGAGGCGAUGCAGUACUUGCACUCUCACAAUCCAAAGGUGAUCCAUCGAGACUUGAAGUCCAAGAACGUGCUGCUCAACAUGCACCUGGAAGCUAAGUUAACCGACUUUGGCGUCUCUCGAACACAGUACACGGCACAGACUCAUCCCAUGACGGCAGGUAUCGGCACGUCGUUCUGGAUUGCACCGGAGGUUUUACUAGGUCGAGACUACAACGAACAGGCCGAUAUCUACUCUUUCGGAGUGGUAUUAUCAGAGAUUGAUACAGACGACUACCCGUUCUGGAACGACGCCAACCGAGACGGUCCUCGUGGUAAACUACAGGAAGCAGAUAUCUUACGGCAGGUCGCGACAGGUAAUAAGCGGCCACAGUUCUCGACGAACUGUCCGGCCGGCAUCAUGUUGCUGGCGGAGAGCUGCUUACAGGAGAACCCGGACGAUCGUCCGACCGCUGCCGCCGUCGUAGAAACACUACAACAGCUUGUGCGCUCGAGUCUUCAGCCAAGUUCGUCCGACUCGGCACCGUCCUUCGCCUCAGGCACGAGCUGGACUGUAAGCUAGACAAUCAAUAGAAACUGUAUCAUUAAACACCUUCCACAUAAACUCGACCACCAUGUUCGAC